UAGACAGGGAUAGAUUCUUUGCUGCCCUAAAAUUCAAACCAAAAUAUCUGUGUCACCCUUUUUUCAACAGCAGAGUGGUAGCCGCUGACAGACAUGGGUAGCUCUUCUAAUGGCGUCGCCCCCAACAACAACGUCGACAAAGGCGUUGAUUAUGCUAACUAUUUCUGCACCUACGCGUUUCUCUACCAUCAAAAAGAGAUGCUUUCCGAUCGUGUUCGCAUGGAGGCUUAUUAUAAUGCUAUUUUCCAAAACAAACAUCAUUUUACCGGAAAGACUGUUCUGGAUGUAGGGACAGGGAGUGGCAUAUUGGCAAUAUGGUCAGCACAAGCAGGUGCAAAGAAAGUUUAUGCAGUCGAAGCCACCAAGAUGGCAGAACAUGCUCGUGAACUUGUUAAAACAAAUGGAGUUGAGCAUGUUGUUGAAGUGAUAGAGGGGUCAAUGGAAGAUAUUACUCUGCCUGAGAAGGUUGACGUUAUCAUUUCAGAGUGGAUGGGAUACUUCCUUCUACGUGAAUCAAUGUUUGACUCAGUUCUCUGUGCUCGGGAUCGCUGGUUGAACCCAGAUGGAAUUAUGUACCCAAGCCAUGCUCGAAUGUGGGUUGCACCAAUCCGCUCUGGAUUAGUGGAUCAAAAGAAGAUUGAUUAUGAUAGAACCAUGGAUGAUUGGUCCCAUUUUGUCGAUGAGACUAAAACGUUUUAUGGUGUGGAUAUGGGCAGUCUGACUAAGCCUUUUACGGACGAGCAGAGAAAAUACUAUCUAGAGACAUCAUUGUGGAACAACCUUCAUCCAAAUCAAGUAAUUGGAAAACCUGCUGUCAUAAAGGAGAUUGAUUGUUUAACAGCAACUGUUAAUGACAUACUCAGUCUUCAGGCAAACAUCUCAUCAAUCAUUACUGCAGAAAAUACACGUUUCUGUGGGUUUGGUGGAUGGUUUGAUGUCCACUUUCGAGGGCGCAAAGAGAACCCAGCUAAGCAUGAGAUUGAGUUGACAACAGCUCCAAGUGAGGACUUAGGAACACACUGGGGGCAGCAGGUGUUCUUGUUAUAUCCAUCCAUACGUGUUAGCCAAGGAGAUAAUAUGUCAGUUAAUUUCUUAAUGAAUCGCUCUAAAGAAAACCAUCGGUUGUUGGAAGUUGAGUUUGACUGUGAGCUUAGACAAUCUUCUGGAAAGUCACUCCAAUCAUUCAGCAAAAAGUUUUACAUAGAAUGAGGAACGCAACAUGGUUUUUCAAAGAUAAAUGUCAAGAAGACAUAGUGUUCGAUAGGGAAACAGGAGCUAUUGUUUGCCUGGAAGGUGUUGAAUCUGAUGCCAUGGCUCUAUCUGUUGUUGUGACACAAAAUCAAUAUGCUUUGUAUGUCCCGGAGGUUGAAAUAGAUAACUUGAUAUGUGAUAGCAGCAGUAUUGAUGUUAAGGUGAAACAGAUGUAUAAGGAUAAAAAGACGCUCGUUUCAGUGAUGCCGAAAUAUGUGGUGAUUAAUGGAUUCAAUGUUAGAGCAAAAUGACCAGACAAAAAAAGAUGAUAUUUUUUUAUACUGAGCAGUACGAUAUAUCAAAUCUUGAAUGUUUUAAAUUGAAUUA